ACGAGGACCUGUUUCACCCAACCAGCAACGAAACAUGACAAGUGAGACGUUCGAUAUUCUUGAUUACUCGCAAAGUCCCAAAACAACAAAAAGAACAUCGUUUCAGGAUGAACUGGAAACUGCUCUUUCUGCCAGAGCUAGCAAAACGACAUCAAUUUUGUAUUCAAAAGAUUUAGAUGAAGAUGGUGACGAUUUUUUGGACAGCCUCCUUAAAUCAAGAAAAAACAGGUCUGAUGCUUUCAAAGCUAGCAAGAGAAGCACAGUCUACGAUUUUGACUUCACUGAAGAUGAUGAAAAACAAGGGACUAAAGAGAGAAUGUCCUUUCUGAAAUCCCCUAAAAGAAUAUCUGACCAGGGGGAUAGAAUUGCACCACAGAAUACACACGAGACCACCAACACCUGUCAGUCCAGUGAAAAUGAGGUCCAACAUAAAAGUGAUGAAACAAAAUUGACCACCCAUUGGCCUUCAAAAGACAAUGCCAGUAUAUCACUGUCAUACCAGUCAGAUGAUGCGCCCUUGGACUUGCCUUUGCCUUUCUAUAGCAGUAUAUCACCAGAACCCAUUAGGCUGGAAACAAGAGAAGACACGAGGGAAGACACACAUGGUGAUGAAACCGUCCAGACUUUAUUGGAUGCUGACCUUAAAUGUGCAGGGACAUCCGAUAUUGAGAAGGAGACUCCCAAACCCAAACCAAGACAAAGGAGAGUGGGAUUGAAUCGCCAUGUGACAGAGAACGCUGAAGCAUCUCCAUCAGCUCCCCUCGCCACCAAUUCAUGCAACAUCACUGAUGCAUCAUUUCCUGAAAGGAUUACAGCAGCAAGCUGCAGUCCAAAAUUGACAGAUGGGCACAAUGCUGAAUUGAGUGCAUCAGAUGGCCGCAUUCUAGGUGACUCCAAAGAACAACAAAGGCCGGACUCUGCAUCACUGGAAGCCCCUAAUAAAGAAUCAGGCGAACUCGCCGUUGCUCAAGUCACUCGUGUUCAAAGCAAUUCUGACAUAAGGGCAUCCAGUUGUAAAUCUAUGAGACCCUACACUCUUCAAUACAAGAAGGUGGAAUCAAAGUAUCUGGGAACUCUCAAAAUUCUGGAUCGUAAAAUUUCCCAAGACUGUCAACUGCAAGAUGCCGAUUCCAUCAGGGCCACAGUUUACCAGGAAUGGCUCAAAAAGAAAAAGGAGAAGUUAUCAGAGAGCCUAAACAAAGAAAAGAGUCUACAAGAGCAAAACAAAAAGAUAAAAGAAGAAGAAGAAAAAAAGAAAGAUGCUGCCGCUUCUUAUUUGGCUUGGAAAGAAAAAAAAAAUGAGUUACUCAGGGAAAAAACAAAGGAAGCCAAAUAUAGGAUGCAGAAAGAGCAAAUGGCUUUGGAAGAAGUAGAGAAAAAAAGGAAAGAAGCUGAACAGACGUAUGAUCAAUGGAAGAGCAAUCGUGACCACAUCCUCAGAGAAAAGUGUCGACAGCAAAGAGAGACAGAGAAGAAACUUGCACUGAAGAAACAAGCUGAGGCGGAAGACCGAAAAAGAGACAGCAAAUCAGCGUAUUCUAACUGGUGCGAAAAAAAGACGGAUGCCUUCCAAAAAAAAAUGUGGACAGAACGCCAGGAAAACAAGAAUAAAUCAGAGGAACGCCGAUAUAUUCAAGAGGAGAAGGAUAAAAUGGCUUUAGAAAUGUAUGAGCAUUGGCUGGAAAAGAAGGAUCUACAACAAAAACGACAGAGAGAAGAAAAGCGAUUACAAGUGAUACUGCGAAAAAGUCCGCCGCCACCUUGGAGUCCUCCUAAUAACACCAUUCAGUUUCGAAAAUAGCAUGUGAAACACAGUGAGGAGCAGAAGCGUUUGCACCCCUUGGGAUUUUGCAAGUCUACCCACUUAGAAAAUAGGUAGAGGUCUGAAAUUUCAAUAUAUAGAUGAAUUUACAUUUAAAAAGACAUAAUCUAAAAAAAAAUCCAAAACUCACAUUGUAUGAUUUUAUUUAAAAUAAUUUAUUUGUAAUUUACUGGGGUCGAUGAGUAUUUGCACCCCUGAGAAUCAGCAAAAAUUAUGACAAUCUCAGAGUUCUCGGUCUACCUUAAAAAAAAGUCCACCUUUUCCCCAUGAUUAAUCACCCACCCCCCACCCGUUUGAGCUCAUAAUUGUCACCUGUGCAUCCCACAGUCAGUCAUAAUCCAACUGCUGCCACGGGCAAGACCAGAGAGCUUUCGAAAGACACCAUAGAAAAAACCGGUUGAGCUCCACAAAGCUGGAAAAGGCUAUGGGACAAUUGGAAAGCAGCUUGGUGAGAAUAAAUAAUCAGUGGCAGCAACUGAAAAUGGAAAAGGCUGAACAUGACUGAUAAUCUACCUCUGACUGGGGCUCCAUGUAAAGUCUCUCCUCGUGGGGCAUCACUCAUGAUGAGAAAAGUGAGGGCUCAGCCUAUAACUACAGGGCAGGAGCAGGUCUGUAGUAAGUAGACCUUUUUGGUGCAAACCUUACUCGUGGUGUCUGGAGGAAAAAGGACGAGUACAAUCCCAAGAACACCAUCCCCACUGUGAAGUAUGGGGGUGGAAACCUCAUGCUUUGGGGCUGCUUAUCGGCAAAGGGGACUGGACAACUGUUCUGUAUAAAGCAGAUGAUUAAAUGCUGCGGAGUAUUGAUUUUACAAACUCAUGCUUUUAUUUUUCAGAAUGACCAGAUAAUUCCCUCAAAAGUGAAUGUAUUUGAGAAAUCUAAUUGCUCAAAAUCCCAAACUUGUUUUUCUUAUGCUGCAUGUUUACAUUGAGAUGCUAUGAAUAUAUUUUACCAACAACUUUUCCCCCUAAGUUGGGAUGCCAGUCUAGUGCUUGCACUUUUACUACAAAGCCAUACUGGUUUGGCGCGUGCAUUGUCUUGUAGAAAUAUGCUAGCAGAGAGGGAGAGAGUCAAUUUUAACUUUCCUCCCAGGGAAUGCCACAGUGUAACAGACGAUUCCCAUAGAUUUGACGUACUAGUUUUUUGGGUUUUUUUUUUUUACACCGGAUGCCCUUUCUGACACAAUCCACAAGCAGAAAUUGAACCCGGGCCACCACAAAGGGCAGCGGGGCACGUGAACAACUGAGCUAACACCUUGGUUGUGGAAAUAGGGGCAUAUUUGUCUUGCUGGUUUGUUGAUGUUUCUAGGAUGAUAGCAUACAGAAUGGUGCUCCAAAACCUGUAUGUAACUUUCAGCAUUGAUUGCGCAUUAACCAGUUUUGUAACACCCAAAACCGGUCUAGAGACCACAUUUUCAACAUCUUGGUCUUGUGUUAUUUUUGGACAAGCCGGCAGUCCGGAUUUGGGAUUUCCUGUCUAGACCAGUCAAGACCAGCAUGUAUCUUCUUUUCUUCAAGUUCAUUCAUGUCAUAAUAAGGACAUUUACUGGUUAUAAAUUCAAAUACAUUCAUACAACAAUUAAAGUGUUAAUAACCUCUUUCUGAGAAUAUUAUUUCUGGAAAAAAGUUCACAAUCACAUUAAAGCUGGCCUUAUUAAACAGACAUCGAUUAGCUUACUUUGGCUGAAUGCCAUAUCAACUAAACACUUAAAAUCUUUUUUUACAUGCAAUGUAUAUUAGAAAGACUUGUAUUUGUGUUUUUGACUGUCAUGUUUAAUUAAAAAAGAAAAGGGUUCUUUAGCUGCGCAUUCUUGCCAUAGUUUUUUAUAUCUAUUUAUUCAUUUUUAUUAUCUUGGGUGCUUGGGUUUUAUCUCUGUGUUGACUCCAAAAACUCAUGGUCUUGUUGAAUUCUGGUCACGGGCAAUGGUCAAUCUCGGAUAGUGUGAUCCUGAACACAACUUUAACCGUUUCAGUUUUGUUCAAAUUACCCAUUCCAGACCCCCAUCCACUCACAGUUGCUUGCUUAUUCACUCUGUACUAAAAACAAUCCAGUUGGUCCUUUUCCUAUGUGCCCCGAAGUGUCCAUUAUUUCCCAAAACGGUUUGAAAUGCUGAUAUGUCAGACCACAUCACACUUUUCCACUUUGUGUCAGGCCAUUUCAGAUUAGCUCAGGUUAGAUUAGUUGAAGGCAUUUAUGGUCGUUGUUUAUAUAUGUAUUUAAAUUAUAAUAAAUGAUAAUAUAACAUAUAUAUGUAUUUAAAUGAUAAUAAAUGAUAAAAUAACAUCCAUCACCUAUUUUUGUAAUAAUUCUACAUUGUCAGUUUUGUAACAUUAGCAUGAAAAAAGUUAUAUGUGCAAAUGAAAAAAAAAUUCUAGGAAUCAAUGUUGUGUUUC